CGGCCCCGCCCCACCCCUUCCUUCACACCAGGGCCCGAGUCCCUGCCGACGUCACAGACCCGCUCUCGCGCCGCUGGCCUGGAGACCCCUGAGACUCGCAAUGCCGGGAGCUCCGCUGCCGGGUUCGAGUCGCAUCCGUUUCCGGAUCCGGGGACAUUCCGGUCCGGCCUUCCGGCCUACGGUGUCUUCACGGGGUCCCGCCCCGAACCACGCCGUGUCAGGUCCCCACUCGCAACGGGCGCUCUCGCCCUCUGCGCCCCUCGGGGCCGCCCGGGACUCCGCGCCCUCCCGCGGCCCCGCGAAUCCUCAGCCCCGCCGUCUUCUCCAGAAGCGGCCCGGCCCCGCCGCUCGCUCCCCUCCGCGGUCACCGCCUCAGUAAGGCCCCUGAGCCCCCUUGGGGAGGGCAUCGGCCCUGUCCAGUGACGCCCCGUGACCUUCUGUCCCAAGUCCUAUCUGCCGGCACGGGUAUCGCUCCCUCACGGGACAGUGUCCUCCUGAGCAGAGCAUCUUUGCUCCAUUCCAUGGGUGUCGAAUGGGGCGGUGAGGCCGAGACUGAACCAGGAGACGGAAGGAGUAAAGCACACCUAUCCCAGAGAGAAGUUGGUGUUCAUGAAUUUGAAAAGAAUUGACUUGUCUACAGAUACUGAGUGUUCCUCAUUUUUGGGGUCUGCCUAAUUUUCUGAUUUUAUCUUGAUUGGGACCCAUGUUAGAUACUGUCCUUUGGAUUAAAACGCUGAUGAGAUUAUCAACAGCAUUAAAAGAGAAUUCAUCAAAAUGAUGCAUUUUCUGGAAAGAGAAAGAUGCUCUGAACUCUGGAGUGUUGUGGCAGUGUCUUCAGUGAAUAUUUGGCUUCACUGGGUUUUCCGUCUAUUUGGUUCUGAAAAAGGAAUGGAAGAAAUCGAAGCAACUGUGUAAAUAUGUGGGCAUACGUGGGCAAUGCACAUAAAUAGAGAAAGAUGAAGGAGAUAGGAUGGAGUCUUGAGAUCUUCCAACAGUAUCAUUUGAGAAGUCCUUGCUCUGCUUCCUGUUGCUUGGACUGUGUAUAAAUGAAAACCCAGACUACAGUUGGCAGCUGAACUAAUUACAAUGGAAUCUCGGGAAUCAGUGACCUUCGAGGAUAUAGCUGUGGACUUCACCCAGGAAGAGUGGGCCCUCCUGGACACCUCCCAGAGAAAGCUGUUCAGAGAUGUGAUGCUGGAGAACAUCAGUCAUCUGGUCUCAGUUGGUAAUCAGCUUUACAAACCAGAUGUGAUUUCCCGUUUGGAGCAAGGAGAGCAACUUUCAAGAGAAGAGUUAGGCUUCCUGCAAGGUCAGAGUUCAGUCAUUUCAGAUAGAGAAGAUGAUCUGAGAAAACAAGAAAUGUUACCCAUGCAGCAUGUCUGCAAGAAGAACACACCUCUAAUUAGUGCAAUGCAGAGGUCUCACAGUCAAGAGGAUCCUUUGGAAUGCAACAAUUUCAGAGAAAAAUUUGCUGAAAUCUUACCAUUGACUCAGUAUGUAAUACCUCAAGUGGGAAAGAAACCCAUUAUUAGCCAAGAUGUUGGAAAAGCCAUCCGUUACUUGCCAUCCUUUAAUAUACAAAAGCAGAUUCGUUCUAGAAGUAAAUCAUAUGAAUGUCAUCAACGAAGGAAUGCCUUUAUUCAAAGUCCUGCCCAUAGACAACACAGUAAUACUCAGACUGGAGAGAAAGCAUUUGAAUGUCAUGUAUGUAGGAAAGCCUUCUGUAAAAGUUCUAACCUUAGACGACAUGAGAUGAUUCACACUGGAGUGAAACCACAUGGAUGUCAUCUUUGUGGAAAAUCCUUCACUCAUUGUUCUGACCUUAGAAAACAUGAAAGAGUUCACACUGGAGAGAAACUAUAUGGCUGUCAUCUGUGUGGCAAAGCCUUCAGUAAAAGUUAUAAUCUUAGGCGACAUGAGGUGAUUCACACCAGAGAGAAACCAAAUGAAUGUCAUCUGUGUGGGAAAGCAUUUGCUCAUUGUUCUGACCUUAGAAAACAUGAGAGAACUCACUUUGGGGAGAAACCAUAUGGAUGCCACCUGUGUGGGAAGACUUUCAGUAAAACUUCUUACCUCAGACAACAUGAGAGAACUCACAACGGAGAGAAACCAUAUGGAUGUCAUCUAUGUGGGAAGGCCUUCACUCAUUGUUCUCACCUUAGAAAACAUGAGAGAACUCACACUGGAGAGAAGCCAUAUGAAUGCCAUCUAUGUGGAAAAGCCUUCACUGAGUCUUCUGUCCUUAGACGACAUGAGAGAACUCACACUGGAGAGAAGCCAUAUGAAUGUCACCUGUGUUGGAAAGCCUUCACUGAUUCUUCUGUCCUUAAGCGACAUGAAAGAACUCACACUGGAGAGAAACCAUAUGAAUGUCACCUAUGUGGGAAAGCCUUCAAUCACUCUUCUGUCCUUAGACGACAUGAAAGAACUCACACGGGUGAGAAACCAUAUGAAUGCAAUAUAUGUGGUAAAGCCUUCAAUAGGAGUUAUAACUUUAGAUUGCAUAAGAGAAUCCACACUGGAGAGAAACCAUAUAAAUGUUACCUAUGUGGAAAAGCCUUCAGUAAAUAUUUUAACCUCAGACAACACGAGAACUCAUGCUGUAAAGUUAAUAAAUGAAGAUUCACCACCCAUACCUUCAAAGUAUAAACACUCUUGAGGACUCACACAGUGAAGAAAUACUGUGUUUAUUUUCAAUGUAUAAGAGCCUUUAUUCAUCCUUAUUAAUUAACUAACGUUAAUUCACAGUAGAUGGAAUCCAUAUGUAUGUCACCUGUGUAACAAAACCUUUAGCAGUGGACUCAUGGGGGAACAAACUGUAAAGGGAAUGAAUGUGGAGGAAUCUUCAUCCUCAGCUGGAACUGUUAAGCAGAUAAAUCACAUGUCAGAGAAAUUCCAAUAAUAUAUCUGUAAUUAGUGUAGAAAUACCUUCAGUUAUAAGUUAUCCUUUAAAUAAGUAAACCACAGAGGAGAGAGACUCUAGACCUGUAAUCACUGUGCACGUGUCUAACUUAGUACCACUUUUGGCAUGCAUCUGAAGAUUCAGUGUCUGGAACUGCUAGUGGAAACAAACUAGAACAUGAAGAAGAUGGAAGGCAUUUGGAGUAUCCCCUUCUGGAAUGCCUGACAUACAUACACUAAUUCAUGUGAUGACAAAAGUGCUGCCCCUCAUAGUGAUGCAUGAAACACCCAGAAAGCAGGGGGAGCAGAAGCAGCCAUGGUCCCCUGAUCUUGCCCAUAUUGCCCUGUCAACACCCAUGAAUCCACAAAUCCCCAACUGGGAGUGAGACCCAGGUGUCCCAGCCCCUACCAUACUUGAACACAGGAGGCUCAGAGAGGGGAAGGUGGAGCUUCCUUCCACCAGGGUAACAAGAAGGCCUGGGCCUUAGUACCCAUUUGAACAUGACUAGUACCCAUGUUUCACAGGUGGCAAAAUGGAGAACACAGAUGUUUGUAAUUAAUUUAUCCCAUGUUUUUCUGGGAUAUACAUAUGGACUCAAAGGGAUGGAAAACAUACUCCACAUAAAUGGAAGUAAUAAGAGCAGAGGUAGCCAUGUUUACAUCAGACAGGGACUAAUUCAAAACUGAGUUCAUUAAGAGGAUAUGUAACAUUUGUAAAUAUGUCAUACAAUAUAACACCCAGACUAAAGUGCAGAAAAUACCUUAUAGUGAUCAUAUAGAGGAAGCAUUCCAAAAUAAAGGGAGAUAAGAUGAAGGAAAGGUUUCUAUUUUAUUGUAUAAAAAAGAUAAGUGAAUCAGAGUGCACAUGUGUUCAUGUAUGUCUGUAUGUGUGUGUGCACAAUAAAACUACAGAAUAUAAAACAGUAUGUGAAGUUACAUGAAAAAUUGGUCAAUUGUAUUUUACAUGUACAUGUCAAAUAAAAUGCAUUAAUUUUAUUCAGUCAUCAGUGACAUGGAGAGAAGAAAACCAUAUUCAUCUUUUCACAUGCAUAAAAAGUAAUGUAGUGUUAAGUCCUAUUUACCCCACCUCCUGGUUGUGGGUGAGAAUAGCUUUAGGCAGGGGGUAGCUUACCGAUUCAAUGGACAUGAACUUGGGCCAACUCCAGGAGAUGGUGAAGGGACAGAGAAACCUGGCAUGCUGCAGUCCUUGGGGUCCCAAAGAGUCUUGACACAACUUGGCGACUAACAACAAAGCUUGCCAAACUAUCAAAAUAUGAAUACACCCUAAUUUGAAUCAGCAAACGAACUCCAACUUGCCCAAAGCAGAGGAAAACUUGGACAUCUGCAGGUAAAUCAUUCUGCUUGGAAAUGGCCACUAAGAAUUCCUUAUGAAUCCAGGAACAUCAAGGCCUCCUUUGGAUGGAUGUAGUGUGAGCAAUUUAAGACAUUGAGAUUGACUGACUUUUUAAAAAGCAAUUAGGAAAUGAAACCCACCCCAUCAUGUGUAUAAAAUGCAGUCUUAAUUUUCACUGUUACCGGUUUCUGAAUCCUGCACUUAAUAACAAGCAGGUUAUCUGUGCAGUUUCUUUAAUACGUUAUCCAUAAAGAAUCGAUGGCACAGCCAUAUGAGAUCCUGCUGUGCUGUCUCAUUAAAACUACAGUGCAUGUUCCCCUACACCUGUUUGUGUCUGAAUCUCAAGUCCUGCCCAGGUUUACCCCCUAUGUGGAGCCAGUUCACAAGUCACAGAAAGAUAGAGUGUAUCUUGAGAUGGAAGAGGGCUCAGGGAAAGCCAUGAGUGACUGAGCAGAUGUGUUAGGCAAGAUACAGGAGCGUGAUUAGCAGGCCCUGGGAAGAAAAGGACACUAGGAAGAGAACACACCAACCAACAGAGAAAAUGCUUCUUAAGAAGCACUCCUGACUCCUGCUCUUCUCAUCUGAGCUCUCCAAGGCAAGAUCAGUCUUAACUGGUCACUCUUGGGAGUUGAAAAUACAUCUUUAAAUAUACCUCUUUCUUGUGACACAACCGUAUACAUAAGGACAGAUUCACCAUGUGGCUGUGACGGUCAUCUGCUGUCCAGUAAAACACUGGGAGCUCAAGGCCUAUAAGCAUGGAACACAUAGAUUGAUUUUUCUGUCCUUCAGAAUUUUCCUUUGCUAUUGAAACCCACAUGUUGCUUGGCAGCAGUGGGUAUAAGGGAGGGACUGACCUACCAUGAAAUAGAGACACUGAAGAUGCUUCUAGUCCCUGAUGAACAGCAUAUCCAGGAAAGGAUGGGCAAAAAUUUUCAUUUGCCCUAAUUCUCCCACCCAAUCCUAGCUCCUUAAUCAUCUACAGUGUUUUUUUCAUUCUCCAAGCCCAGUUCACAUAGCCAUGUAGCCCCUCCAAAUGGGAAAGGUAGUUUUGUUCUAUGCUUAGUUUUAGAAGUCUUGGUCCAGAUGACACCCACACUGAGCAUGUGCCUUGAAGCAGCUGAGGCAUAUUCUAGAUAAAAGUAAUUCAUCCUCAGGCAGCACCCUUUAAUAACUAAAUGACAUCUCCCUUUGCAGGCACACUGUUAGUGAGAGUGCUCUUUCAUAAGUGAGUAGGAGGAUAAGGGAGAACCCAGACCCUGGGGUCAGAACCCGGAUCCACACCCUGGGCAUCUCUCUCGCAGUGAAAUUUUGCUAGUUUGGACUCUUCCUCUGAGGUCACGUUUGCAGGACAGAGAAACGUUGGUAUUUCACGGGAGGUUGUCGUGGGGAGUUAUGGUUACUGUGCCACCAGACAAUUGUUUGUUUUGUAAAUAAAGAGCUUCCCUUCUGGA